AAGAUUGCCAAAUUUAUACACGGUACAAUUCACGCAGCAAUGUUUUGAACUUUUUGUUUUUUGUUUUUUGGCCGAUCUGAAUUUAAUCAUCCAAACAAACAAUGGACGAAUUAGACAAACUACAAUAUCUUUCUUUAGUUUCGAAAGUUUGUACCGAAUUGGAAAAUCAUUUAGGUUUCAACGAUAAAGAUAUGGCCGAAUUUAUAAUCGAUUUGGCUGAUGAAAAUUCUACAUUUGAUUCAUUCAAAACGGCAUUGAUAGCAAAUCAAGCUCAAUUUACUGAUUCAUUUAUUGCCAAUCUUCUUCGUAUUAUUCAACAUAUGCGACCGAAGAAAAAAUCAAAAAAUGUUGAUCUCGAUGAUGAUGAUGAUGACAAAAAUGAUGAUCGAAAAAAAGAUGAUAAAGAAAUGAAACGUGCUCUUUAUCCAUGUUUAGCGUUGCCUGAUCAAGAAUUGAGCCAAAAAUCCGACGACGAAGAAGUAGUAGAAAAAGAAAAUCUUGAAGAUAUUGAUGAUACAAUGAAAUUAUUGGAACAAUUAUCAGAGAAAAAUAAACAAACUAGUGAUAAUGAUGAUGAUAAGGAUGAUAAACAUAAACAACGACGAAAAGAAAAUGAUCGAGAUGUGAGCGAUAAAAAACGUAGUCAUCGUCGACAUGAUGAUUCUGAUUCCCGAAGACGAGAUCGUGAUCGAGAUAGAGAUAGAGAUCGUCGCCAUCGAAGAAGUCGCAGUCGAGAACGACAUCAUCGUUACAAAUCCGAUGAUGAUGAAUAUGAAAAACAUCGAUCAAGACAUUCCGAAUCAAAAAGACGAUCCCAUCAUGGUGAUGAUUAUGAUGAUAAUGAUGAUAAUCGACGAUCUUCACAUAGUAAACGAACAAAAUAUGAAGAUCUACCUGAAGUACCGGCUGUAGGAAUGAUAUUGAAUGGUCGUGUUUCGAACAUUAUGCAAUUUGGUUGUUUUGUUCAGCUUGAAGGUUUACGUAAACGAUGGGAAGGUUUAGUGCAUAUAUCACAAUUACGUCGUGAAGGUCGUGUUAAUGAUGUUAAUGAAGUGGUCAGCCGUGGACAAAAUGUCAAAGUAAAAGUAUUAUCAUUUACUGGUCAACGAACAAGUUUAUCAAUGAAAGAAGUUGAUCAACAAACUGGUAAAGAUUUAAAUCCAAUCAAUCAUCAACAUGGAUCUCGUAGUAAAGGUGUUGGUGAUGAUAAUGAUGAUGAUUUAUCGGAAUUUAAAAAUCCUGAUCGACCUUCAAAUCUACCACCAUUACCGGGUAGCAGUGUCCAAUCUAAAAUCGAUGAUGAUUCUGUAGAAGAUUCUGAAACUCGUCGUCGUAUUAUACAACGAAUUAGUUCACCCGAAAAAUGGGAAUUAAAACAAAUGGCUGCUGCAAAUGUUUUGGAUCGUUCCCAAUUACCAGAUUUUGAUGAAAAAUUAGGUGUACUACCAAGAAUCGAUGAAGAUGAUGAUGAAGAUAUUGAAAUUGAAUUAGUGGAAGAAGAACCAUCAUUUCUUCGUGGACAUGGUCGAUCACAUCUUACAGAUUUAGAUCCGGUUAGAAUUGUUAAAAAUCCUGAUGGAUCAUUAGCACAGGCUGCAAUGAUGCAAUCAGCAUUAUCAAAAGAACGACGUGAAUUAAAACAACAACAACAACAAUCGGAAAUGAAUAAAAGUCGACCAGAAGAUUCGAAAGAUUGGUUUGAUCCAAUGCCACAAAAUCCUACACCUGAAACAAUUGGAGCUGGUUGGAGUAGUAAUAGUGGCGGUAUCGGUAAUACUACUAGUGGAAUGCCUAACGAAAUGCCCGAAUGGAAACGAUUUAUUACUGGCGGUGCAAAAGCAUCGUAUGGUAAACGUACUGAAUUAAGUUUGAUGGAACAACGACAAAGUUUACCAAUCUAUCAUUUUAAAGAUGAAUUAUGUAAAGCUGUUGGUGAUAAUCAAAUAUUGAUUGUUAUUGGUGAAACUGGAUCGGGAAAAACUACCCAGAUUACACAAUAUUUAGCUGAAGCUGGUUAUGUAACACGUGGUAAAAUUGGUUGUACACAACCACGUCGUGUUGCAGCAAUGUCCGUUGCAAAACGUGUUGCUGAUGAAUUUGGUUGUCGUUUAGGUUGUGAAGUUGGUUAUACGAUUCGUUUUGAAGAUUGUACAAGUCCAGAAACAGUUAUUAAAUAUAUGACCGACGGUAUGUUACUUCGUGAAUGUCUUUUGGAUGCAGAUCUGCGUGGUUAUUCAGUAUUGAUGUUGGAUGAAGCACAUGAACGUACUAUACAUACGGAUGUUCUAUUUGGUUUAUUGAAAAAAGCAGUAAAAAAACGACCAGAUUUAAAAUUAAUUGUUACAUCGGCAACAUUGGAUGCUGUAAAAUUUUCACAAUAUUUUUUUGAAGCACCUAUUUUUACAAUACCUGGUCGAACAUUUCCAGUUGAAAUAUUAUAUACAAAAGAUCCUGAAACUGAUUAUAUGGAUGCAUCAUUAUUAACUGUUAUGCAAAUUCAUUUAACUGAACCACCGGGUGAUAUACUGUUAUUUCUUACCGGUCAGGAAGAAAUUGAUACUGCAUGUGAAGUUCUUUAUGAACGUAUGAAAUGUCUUGGUCCUGAUGUACCGGAAUUAUUAAUAUUACCAGUUUAUUCAGCAUUACCUUCGGAAAUGCAAACCCGAAUAUUUGAACCAACACCACCUGGAUCAAGAAAAGUUGUUAUUGCUACAAAUAUUGCUGAAACAUCAUUAACAAUUGAUGGUAUUUAUUAUGUUGUUGAUCCGGGUUUUGUUAAACAAAAUGUUUAUAAUCCAAAAACUGGUAUGGAUUCAUUGGUUGUAACACCGAUUUCACAAGCACAAGCUAAACAACGUGCUGGUCGUGCAGGUCGUACUGGACCGGGUAAAUGUUUUCGUCUAUAUACUGAACGUGCAUAUCGUGAUGAAAUGCUUACAACACCUGUACCAGAAAUACAACGUACAAAUCUUUCGGAAACUGUUUUACAACUAAAAGCAAUGGGUAUUAAUGAUUUAAUUAAUUUUGAUUUUAUGGAUGCACCACCAGCUGAAGCAUUAUUAAUGGCAUUAGAACAAUUACAUUCAUUAGGUGCAUUAGAUGAUGAAGGUCUACUAACAAGAUUAGGUAGACGUAUGGCUGAAUUUCCAUUAGAACCACGUUUAUGUAAAGUAUUAUUACAAUCAGUACAAUUAGGCUGUUCGGAAGAAGCAUUAACAGUUGUAUCAAUGUUAUCCGUACAAAAUGUUUUCUAUCGUCCAAAAGAUAAACAAGCAUUGGCUGAUUCAAAAAAAGCAAAAUUUAAUCAACCUGAAGGUGAUCAUCUAACAUUAUUAGCCGUUUAUAAUGCAUGGAAAAAUAAUAAAUUGUCAACUGCUUGGUGUUAUGAAAAUUUUGUUCAAGUUCGUACAUUAAAACGAACACAAGAUGUACGAAAACAAUUACUAGGUAUUAUGGAUCGUCAUCGUUUAGAUGUUAUAUCAUGUGGUAAAAAUACGGCCAAACUACAGAAAGCAAUUUGUUCGGGUUUUUUCCGUAAUACAUCGAAAAAAGAUCCACAAGAAGGAUAUCGUACAUUGGUUGAUGGUCAAGUGGUUUAUAUUCAUCCAUCAUCAGCAUUAUUUCAUCAACAACCUGAAUGGGUUAUUUAUCAUGAAAUUGUUUUAACAACAAAAGAAUAUAUGCGUGAAGUAACAACUAUUGAUCCACGAUGGUUAGUUGAAUUUGCACCAACAUUUUUUCGUUUUUCUGAUCCAUCUAAAUUAUCUAAACAUAAAAAACAAUUACGAUUAGAACCAUUAUAUAAUAAAUAUGAAGAACCAAAUUCAUGGCGUAUUUCACGUGUUCGUAAACGACGAAAUUAAUCUUUUAUUUAUCCAUUAUGUAAUAUCAUUUUAAU